AUGACUCAAUGGUCAGGUGGCUGUACUAAUGUUCUCAAAUUACUGUUAAAAGGAAAACAAGCAUCACGAACGAAUGAUGUCAAUUCAAAACAACGACUACAACAACGUCAAUCACUCGGUAAUAACUUUGUUGAUCCGUACUAUGCCUUCAAUCCUGAUUACAUAAGUGGCAAUAUGCCCAAUAUACAACUUUUUCAAAAUAAUAUCAACAAUGGUCAACCAAGUUCGUGUAUAUGUACUUGUAGUGAUAUGUCCUAUCGACCAUCCGUAGCAUGUGUUAAUCCACAAACAUGUGUAGCAUAUUGUUUACAAAUGUAUCCUGAACGAUGUACAUUUAUAAAUACGUAUGGUUGUUGUGGUUCAUCUUGUCAAUAUUUUCAAGUUCAAUCAUCUCGAACUCGGUCUUGUAUAUGUAGCUGUGCUGGUCAACAUUUUUUCAAUCCAACUGAUACAUGUAUAUCAUCACAAGCAUGUUCAGCACAAUGUCGUCUUAAAUAUCCUCAAGUAUGCACGACAAUAAGGACAUUAGCCUGCUGUGGACAAGAUUGUCAAUCCACUCCACAAGCUGUUUCUGAUACAUGUUCUUGCCAAUGUCAAGGAAAUACUUAUUAUCCAUCGCCUAGAUGUUCUAGUCCUGAAGGAUGUAUUAAUACAUGUAUGACGACUUAUGGUCCCUGUACAGUUGGUCAAACUCAAGGUUGUUGUGGAGCAUCGUGCUCUUCAUAUGUCCCAACAUGUACAUGUAAUUGUGGUCAAAAUUUUACAACAAGAACUUCAAUUCCUUGUCAAAAUAGUCGAACUUGUUUAGAAACGUGUAUUAGUUCAUUUAGUGCGUGCACACAAGAUAAUACUCAAGUAUGUUGUGGUGUUGAUUGUCUUAAUUCAUUUCAAUCAUGUUCUUGUCUAUGUGGUACAAAUCAAUAUAUACCAUUAAGAAUUUCAUGUGGUUCAUCACAACAAUGUGCACAAGCAUGUUUACAAUCAGUUCCACAAUGUAAUAUUGUAAAUAUUCAAGGUUGUUGUGGUAGUGAUUGUUUACGUUAUAUUCCAACAUGUCGAUGUCAAUGUGGUUCAGGUACUUAUUAUACAACAUCAACUUGUAUUAAUGCUGAACAUUGCACAAAUACAUGUAUUAGUCAAUUUGGUUAUGUUUGUACACCAACAAAUACAAUCGGUUGUUGUAAUGGAACAAUUUGUACACGUCAAAAUCGCUUUUUAGGUGUUAGUAAAACUUCAACAUUUCGAUUAUCAUAUGCAGCCAUUUUUUCAUCAAUAAGUUGUUUUUUUAAAAUUCAUCAAAAUUAA